AUGGCUGAAAAAUUGAUGAUGAUAAACGAAAGUAGCAAUCAAAAAAUAAACCAUCACCCAGGUCUAAAUAAGUCAUUUUCACAAACUUUAAAAUGGAAAGAAGCAACGCCGAAAUAUGAAAGACCGCUUGGCUUGAAUGUGUAUGCAAAUCUAGAUGAACCAACAAUAAAUCAAGAGGAAUUGUACAGUCAGGAGCCUAUUUCAACAAUGAUUCGAAGAAUGAGUAGAACUAAUAAAUGGAAUAUGGAAAAUGAAGUGAAGUGA